AUGCCCUGGGCAUCUUUCACCACUCUAGGUGUGGAUGUCUCUGUUGACCAGUGUCAGCCCGAAGGUCUGGGAGUGCUGGUUCAGGCUUUAGCAGCCGCAGGCAGGAGCACACCUGACUCAUACUCGGCCCCCGCAGCCCCCUGGUUAGUGUGGCGGCCAAUACUGUGUCUGCUAUCACAGUGCCCCCUGGUUAGUGUGGCGGCCAAUACCGUGUCUGCUAUCACAGUGCCUCCAUUUGCCUCUUUUAAGCUACUGAAUGUUCGCUCACUCAACAACAAGGCCUUACUCCUCCACGAAAUAAUUCUGGAUAAAACUUUGGACUUUCUCUGCCUGACUGAAACAUGGCAGAAUCCCCAUGAAUUUAUCACACUCAAUCAAGCCACUCCCUCUGGAUAUUCCUACAUCCAAAAGCCUCGCAGCUGUGGCCGUGGUGGCGGCCUGGCUGUUAUACACCGCACUGACAUCCUGUUAAAAGAAAUCCCAGUCACAACAUCAUCAUUUGAGUGCCUCCACUUCACGCUGUCUGGUGCCACACAGCUCCAGGUGGUUCUUGUCUACCGCCCCCCCGAAAGCCUCUCCUGCUUUCUACAGGAGUUCUCGGACCUGCUGGCUUCGGUCUGCCCCAUGUCCCCAGCUACUCUCAUACUGGGUGACUUUAACAUCCAUGUAGACUCCAGCAGCUGUUCAUUCGCUGUGGAUUUCCUCUCACUGUUGGACUGCUUUGACAUUAAACAACAUGUACAGGGCCCUACACAUGCCAAGGGGCACACCCUGGAUCUGGUGUGCUGUGUUGGCCUAAGCCCCUCCCAUCUCUGCUGCACGGACCCGGCUGUCUCCGACCACCAAGCCAUCCUGUUCUCUGUCCCAGUGUCCCUCCCUGAGCAGCCUACAAAAAGCCAUCCUGUUCUCUGUCCCACCAACAAAAGCAUCCGAAAAUGCUUUUCUCCACCAUCAACCGCCUUCUUGACCCUCCCGACGCUCCGCAACCCUCUGAUGCCGCUGACCUCUGCUCCAGGUUCCUGGACUUUUUCCACCAGAAAGUGGCCAUCAUCCACACCCUCCCCGCCGGCCACACUACCUCUGCAGGACAUGUACCAUCCUUCUGCCUGCCCGCCACAGCGCCGCCUCUCCACCUUCUCCCUGUUGGAUGCUGAUCAAGUCCUCGACCUUUUGACCAAAGCCGGGACUUCAUCCUGCAGUCUGGAUCCACUACCCACGACCCUUGUGAAGGCCUGUCUCCCCACCAUUUGCCCCCCGGUGGCUGACAUCAUCAACGCCUCACUUGGCUCUGGUGUGGUACCCUCCAGCUUUAAGUUGGCGGCCGUGACCCCAACACUCAAAAAGACAAGCCUGGACCCAGAUGACCCCAACAACUACCGUCCGAUCUCCAACCUUCCGUUCCUGAGCAAGAUCUUGGAAAGAGCAGUGGCUGCCCAGCUACAACAUCACAUGUCCCACCAUGAGCUCUUUGAACCUCUCCAAUCGGGCUUCAGACCCCAUCAUAGCACCGAAACCGCCCUCAUCAAAAUAACAAACGACCUCCUGAUUGCUGCAGACAACGGCCUUGUUUCCAUCCUCAUCCUCCUCGACCUCUCUGCUGCCUUCGAUACCAUUUCCCACUCCAUCCUCCUCUCCCGUCUCUCUGAGCUCAUCGGCCUUACCGACACUGCUCUCUCUUGGUUCCAGUCUUACCUCUCCAACCGUAAACAAUACAUCACUCUGCAAGGCUCCUACUCCACCACUGCAACAGUUAACCAUGGCGUCCCCCAGGGAUCUGUCCUUGGCCCCCUCCUCUUUACCAUCUACUUGCUCCCCCUCGAUCAGAUCAUCCGCAACCAUGGACUCAGUUUCCACUGUUAUGCAGACGACACCCAACUGUAUGUCAGCACCAAGCCCUCCUCACAACUCCCACCAAUACAACUCAACAACUGUCUGCAUGAUAUCAAAACCUGGAUGACCAACAACCUUCUGAAACUCAACACCAAGAAGACAGAGCUCAUGGUGGUGGCCCCAGCACCACUGCUCAGGAAGGUUGGAGACCUCACCCUGGUCAUCGACGGCUGUCCCACCUCCCCAUCUCCCAAAGUGCGGAACCUGGGCGUCAUUAUGGACUCCACACUCUCAUUCAGUUUCCACAUCCAGAGCAUCACCAAAACUGCCUUCUUUCACCUCCGUAACAUUUCAAGACUCCGGCCGUCACUCACCGACUCAGUCACCGAAACUCUCAUUCAUGCAUUUGUCACCUCCCGUCUGGUCUACUGCAAUGGUGUCCUGUCUGGGCUGCCCAACAAAGCCCUAGACAGAUUGCAGUAUGUCCAGAACUCAGCUGCCAGGGUGUUAACCCACACCAAGCCCUGGCAGCACAUCACCCCCAUCCUUAAGAAACUCCACUGGCUGCCAAUCAAACAACGCAUCAGUUACAAAAUCCUCCUCCUCAUCUACAAAUCACUUCACUCACUGGCACCCAAGUACAUCACUGACCUCCUCCACCCGUACACCCAGUCACGGUCCCUGCGCUCCACCAGCAAGGACUUACUCUCCACUCCCCGCACCAGACUCAAGACCUUUGGUGGCAGGGCUUUCUGUGCAAUUGCCCCUACCCUUUGGAACACCCUGCCCCCUCCUAUCCGUUCCGCCACUUCUCUGACACAGUUCCAAAAGCACCUCAAAACACACCUCUUCUCUCUUGCCUACCCUCCCUUAACCCCUACCCUGCCCCUGCUCCCCUACUCCCACUCUUGUAAAGCGACCUUGGGUAUCUUGAAAGGCGCUAUAUAAAUUGAAGUUAUUAUUAUUAUUAUUACUAUUAUUUGUGCAAAAGCAGCCUGACCAAGUAUUGAGUGUAUAAAUGAACUAUGUUAGAUAAAUCAGACUAGUCAGAUUAGUUCAUUUCUUUUUAAAAGAUAGACAUUU